AUGACUGAUAAUUAUAAGGGUUGGCACGAGCAGUUGCCUUAUGCUUUACUGGAAUACCAUACUACGGCCAGGACUUCAACAGGAGCGACUCCAUACCUGUUGGUCUACGAAACUGUCAUACCCGCUGAAGUUGAGAUACUUUUCCUGAGAAUCAUUCAGGAAGCAGAAUUAGAUAAUGCUGAAUGGGUUCGAGCUCGAUAUGAGCAAUUAGCCUUAAUUGAUAAGAAAAUGAUGGUUGAUGUAUGUCAUAGUCAAUUGUUUCGGCAAAGAAUGGCAAGAGCUUUCAACAAACGAGUCAAAAUCAGAUUUUUUCAGAUCGGGCAACUGGUGCUCAAAAGGAUUUUUCCACCUCAAGAGGAAUAUAAAGGGAUGUUUGCUCCAAACUGGAAAGGUCCUUAUGUGGUCCGUAAAUUAUUCUCCGGAGGAGCAGUAGUACUGGCGGAAAUAGACAGUCAAGAGUGGCCGAAACUGAUCAACUAA